AUGGACGGUUCACCCCUCCUCCGCGCCCCCACACGCCCCAGCCUCGACCCUGAGACGGCCAAUCAGCUGCAGGCCAGCAGUCAAACUCUGUGUGUCACAGCCCAGCCCCUCCCCACACGCUCUGAACACGAUGGAGCCGAGAGACGCUGCACCAACCCUGGCACCUACACCUGCACCAGCACCAACUCCAGCACCAGCACCAACCCCAGCACCAGCACCAGCACCAACCCUGGCACCUACACCUGCACCAGCACCAACCCUGGCACCUACACCUGCACCAGCACCAACUCCAGCACCAGCACCAGCACCAACCCCAGCACCAGCACCAGCACCAACCCUGGCACCUACACCUGCACCAGCACCAACUCCAGCACCAGCACCAGCACCAACCCCAGCACCAGCACCAGCACCAACCCUGGCACCUACACCUGCACCAGCACCAACUCCAGCACCAGCACCAGCACCAACCCCAGCACCAGCACCAGCACCAACCCUGGCACCUACACCUGCACCUACACCUGCACCAACCGCACAAGCAUCUAUCAAUCGAUCGGCCCGCUCGCCGGGCGCUGCCUGUCUGAGGUCAGGAGCCGUGGGGGCGACGGGUUACAUUUGCACAACACGGUGGCACCGGGCGUCCCCUCGGACCGGGAGGCGACCUCUCGUUGUGGCGGGUGGGCAGCGUCCUCCUCACGCCUGCGGCCCCACGCUGAGCCUCAGAGCUCUGGCCUUUUCCCCUCACCAGCCCGUCAGGCGGAGGCAGACUGA